ACUUGUGCGUUGUUUCGAUCCUUGUUCUUCCUUAUUUUUAUUGUUCUUGAUUCUGUUCUCAUUAUCCUUAAAGGAUUCCAAUUCCGUACCAUCUCUUGUUAAUCCUGAACAUGUCGAACUCUGGCAAAUACAAUACCACCUCUCUCUUUGUUCCUUUCGAAGGAAUGUACGUGGCAUUUUCUUUUGACGUGCAAAAAACACUGGAGCUCCAUCACUGCGAUCCGGAGGACUACACACAUAUAAGUGAAGAAGUUGACAAUUUUCCCCUCCAUAAAUAUGUCGGGAUUUUGGUGAACCACGUCCACCUUCCUCUACCCAAUCGUAAAUAUCAGACAGUCUCCAUUAGGCCUCUACAAAAAGGCUUGAACAUUCCGAUUCCUCGAUUUGAUAUCCAGGAAGACAUGUGCGUCACCGUUUCCCCGGAGACAAACCAUCCACUAUCACGAAUUUCCCUUCAAUUAAACAAGCAGCUUCCUUGGUCAGGUUGCUAUCACCCCAACUUACAGGAUUUACGCGUGAGGUUACCCACAGAAGAUAGGGAUUAUAGCAAUGCAUACGAAAUGACAGACCGAAGCCUUUGGCAAAUGAGAAAAUAUCUGGGCGAAGAUGCCAGGCGGAGAAAGCUUCCGCCAAAACCGAAGAUUCUUGCAGACAAAUCUUCCACUUCUGAGCAAGGAUCAGGCUCUCUCCUUAAUAUAAAGCGCUACAGCCUUGCUCAACGUCGUCCGGAUGAGCUCAACGAGCUUACUGUUAAACUCGAAGGGAGCAAAGCAAGUCCGCGUCGAAGGCUUAUGAUAGAGGGCAUUGAUGGCGACAGACCCCUUCAAAUUGAAGUCCACCACCCUGCCUUUGCCCCGAUCAUUGAUACUAUGCGGCCUGACAACGUCAAUGGGGAUCCCGUAUUUACCCCAGUCGUCAAAUUUGAUUCAGAUAUAUCAGCGAUGAAUAAUUUUCCAAAUGCAUGCGAACUUUAUGAGCAUUUGGAUGCAUUAGAGGCCUAG